GACAGACAGGUAUUCCGGCAAUGGAUGCAAGUGCAUCGGCUGCUGCACUGAUGACAAAUGGACAAGCGCAUCAGCAGGACUCGUCGUCACGUCAGAACAUUAACAGCAGGGAGAUGAACGAUUUGGCUUCCGAUUGUAACCAAUGGGGUCGUUACAACGUCCAUUACCUGGAGCCGGAAGGUGAGCGGAUGACGAGUGGGGGUGGCAGUGGCAACAGCAUCAACCGUGUCGGUGCGGCCCCUCCAUCUCCUUGCCCCGGUGGCAUCAGCCUCAGUGAUAAUAAUAAACGUCAUCAUUCGGCGGGGCUGCGACCCAAAGUGUCGACGUCGAACGAGGCCCAGGGCGGAAAUGGGGCCACAACGCGCAGCAUCAAACGGCACGGAAGCGACGCCGGAACGCGGAACAAGGGCAUGAAAAACCGGAACCGCGUCAGUCGGCGACAAUCGGAAGGACCCAACGGUUCGGCCGCUGCGGCUCGAUCCAAAAUGCAACAACCUCAGUGUCAGAGUCUAAACUCAGCAGCAUCGUCUGGCCAACAUUCCGGCAGUGGUUCCAGCGGAGGCGGAAUCAUUCGACUGGGCUCGAGCACAAGUUGCCUGGAGCCUUGUUUGCGUCUCUCCAUCAUCCACAGACACGAAAGCGAUUUGCGCAAGAAACGGGUGGCCUUCAGUGACGCUCCGGUCGUCGUGUGGAACGAUCCGCCAGUGAUCCUCUUCUCACCCCCGCCCACCACCAACCGACAAUCUGUAACGUCGUCGUCGUCUGCCGGGCAGCUGGCCUCCUAUCAUCGAAGACACUCGUACCCCAGCAACAGCUUAUUGGCUGGCGGAUCCGAUGGCGAUUCCGGCGGAUUCAAAGACAGUGCUGGCGCUGGUGACGAAUAUCAACACCAGGGCGGAAGCGGCGGAGGAGGAGACGAAGUGUUGACGCCCAAAGAACGUCGCCGGAGGAAAGUGGUCAUGGCCGUUGUUUGCACCACGUUCAUCCUGUUAACAGCCUCCGCACUCUUUGUCCUCAUCACGCUCUUCAAUGCCUCCGCCAUUGACGAAGCCGUGCGCAAGGAAAAUGAACUGCAGACGAUCACUUCCAUUUCCAGCAACGGGGACAUGAACAGCACAACCGGCAGCUCCGGUUUAUUGUCUCAACAGUCGACCAGCCAAUUGGGGACGAUUCUAAAUGCAACAACGACGGCGAUACCCGGCAUCAUCAUCGGCACCCUCACAGCAGCAGCAGCCAACAGUUCGACGAUGAAUUCGAUAUAAUUCCGUCUAGCUAUCCGCCUGCCAUAGAUUCGAAAAAUAAAAAAAAGGAAGAAAUGAAUUCGUCCAUCGCCGCCAACAACCUCUUCUCCUCCCACCAAGAAAAUUAAAAAAAGAGAAAAGUCCACCACUGUCACCAGUUGUCGUCGUCUCGUCAAACUGAUUUACAAAUAAUUGAAUUAUCAAAACAAACAAUGAACUGAAGCCAAUUGUAGCUAUGAUUAAUUAUGACUGUUACUUGAUUACGUAAAAGAUAAAAUUUGAACGCGAGUGAGAACAACAGCAGCUUACACCGUAUAUAUUCUUCGUCUCAAUUUGUUCUCUUCCAAUAUAAUAUGCUGUUCAUUAAAAAAAAAAAGGAAAAUUGGAAAUUGUAUUUGUCGUCUAAUGGAUCCCAGCUCCCCGAAAAUUCCUUUCCCUUUAUCUCUUCUCUGUCUUCUUCUCGUUCCCCUUUCCAUCAUCCAUCGUACACCCAUCCACCGCUGACUAUUUACAUGUUUUUGUUUCAAAAAAUGAGUAAGAGCGAAAGAAGAAGAGGGAUAUCAUUCGGUGCUGCCCACAGGAAUAAACGGGGCGCCUGCGAUGAUUGCAGCUCGAGCAUUCAGAGAUUUCUGGGUAGAAGAAAAGAAUGAAAAGAUUCGAUGAAGAAACAACAUCGUUAUUCGUUUGUCGCAGACCUUGUUUGUAUAACCUAGUCGUUGCUGACGUUGUUUAUUUGUAAAAUAUAAACCAUUUUACCCCCA